UAACCUUACUUUGUUCUGUCAGAAUUAUGAAAACGAAAAUAAACAGAAAAAUUGAAAAUCAUGUAGGGAAAUGUUAAUAUGGUUCACUUUUAUUUAAGAUUUGUAGCUUUUGUUGUUGGAGUUCUUAUAGGUGUGUCCCUGGCUGUUUAUUACAAAAGCUAUGUGAAUAUUAAUGUAAAAGUACCUGAAAAGAAAACGAUUCCGUCCUAUAACAUAUGGUUUGAAAAACAGAAACUGACAAGAAAAUUUAUACCAUGGGAUAAAUUAAGGUACCAAAAACACGAUUAUCUCACAGAAUCCCAGUAUUUGUCUAAUAAAAUUAAGGUAUUGUGCAUUAUUUUGGUGCGCAAUUCAAAGAAUGUUGAUGCAGUAAAAAAUACUUGGAGUAGAGGUUGCACUGGUAUUAAGUUUAUAGAAAUCUUUGGAAAAAAUGGUAAAGUUCCUAUGAAACGAACAAAAGAGAAUUCUUCAUGGGUACUAUUAUGUUCAAGUUUAAAAGAUACGAGUGACAAAUACCACUGGAUUGUGGUUGCGAAUGACAAUACAUUUAUAAUAAUGGAAAAUUUAAGAUAUUACGUAGUAAAUUUAAAUCCCUCUGAUAAGUAUUAUUUGGGGCAUGCCGUUACUUUCUGGAACACUAUCUAUAAUUCCGGAGACGCUGGUUACCUAUUAAGUACAGGAAGCUUACAGGCCUUUAAAAAUAAAUUUCAAGAUAGCGACUGUUCUACAAAUACGUACUGGAAUAGGGAAGAUUUCUAUUUAGGAAAACAUUUAUCAAGCUUAAAUAUUACACCUACAGACACUAGAGAUGCGCAUGGGCUCUCAACAUUUCAUCCAUACAAUUGGUAUCAUGUGUUUUUUCCCGGAGAAAAUUAUUAUAAAACUAGUAUCUUUCCAGUAAAAUGUUGUAGUAAUAAUUCUAUAGCAUUUCAAGCCAUCGAAGGUGACAAAAUGUAUACUUAUUAUUAUUUAUUAUAUACCUUACAAAUAUUUUUGGAUGGAAAAGUAGGGAAUCAACCUCCAAUUGAUGCAAUUCCUGAAGAACAGGUAUGGAAGCAAUUUUUGAAGGAACGUAACAUUCCUAGUGAAAAUAUAUCGAGUGCACAGUAUUACAAGUUAUGGGAAGACUUAGUAGACGAUCCAAAUUCCUUUGCGUUUAAUAUGAAAAAGGAAAUGGAGUUCGAUUACAAUUAAAGAUCUUUUAUGACAAUUUCGAAUAUUUAUUUUGUUAAGUGGUUUUAUACGUUUUAUAUGGAAAUUAAUAAAAUAAUACUUAUUUUCGUU